GAGAAACACAAGAUGGCUAUGCUGUUUUGGCUAUUAGUUUAGCACAGUGGGUCAUUUAGACAGCAGCAGAAAGAUGCCUUCAGCCGCAGACUGGAAGCUGCUCAUGGGGGUUGACCCUGAAGAUCUGGGAGAUGAUGAUGAUGAGAAAAUCGGUGAUAUAAUUUUGAUGGUCAAACCACAGGAUCUGAAAGAGAAUGAAUCAGAGAAAAUGAUUCAGAUCUUUAGAAUCUCACAAACACUCUUGAGGAUGAAACUAGAGGAAAUUAAAUGUGCCUAUGAGGUUGUCGACAUCGCAGGUGCAGACCAAGCAAGAAUUGAAAAUGAACUCAAAGCUGAAGUACUGAAGCUGGAAAGUGAGUUGGAGAUGGCACAGCGCGUGAUGGGAGGGGCGGACACCCGUUUCCUCCGGGAUGAGAUUGACCAACUGGAGAGUCACCUGGAGCGCAAAGAGAGAGAAGUGACUCAACUGGAGAAGGAAAUGGGGAAAGAAAGGAAAGCCAAUGAAGAGCUUGCUCUCCGUGCUGAAGAGGUGGAAGAGAAGAACAGGAAACUGAAAAGAGAGAAUGAACAGCUGCAACAGGAUGUUGAGUUCUACAAAAAGGAAUCGGAUAAGAAAGAUCUUCUUCAGACCAAAGAAGAGAGCAAUGAGAUUCAGAAGAGACUUACCAAAGCCAACCAACAACUUUACCAGUGCCUGGAGGAUCUCCAGCAUGCUGAGGAUAUGGCUGCCAAAUUAAAGAGCGAAAAUGAGCACCUGCAGAACAAUCUAGAGGAGUCUGUGAAGGAGAUGGAGAAGAUGACGGAUGAGUACAACAAGAUGAAGAUCGCAGUCCAGCAGACAGAUGCCAUCAUGGAUCAGCUGAGAAAAGAGAGAGACCACGCCAAGAUCCAGGUCAGAGAGCUGACAGAACAGAUCCAGACUCGAGCUGAAGAGGAUGACCCGGUUAUGGCUGCUAUUAAUGCUAAAGUGGAGGAGUGGAAGAGUGUUUUAUCAGGGAAAGAAAUGGCAAUCUUGGAGUAUCAGCAGAUGAUCAGAGAUUUAAGGGAGAAGCUUCGAUCUGCUCAGAUGGACUCAGACAAAAGCAACAUCAUCGCACUGCAACAGGCCGUGCAAGAGAGGGACAACCAGAUCAAGAUGCUGUCAGAACAAGUGGAGCAGUACACUACAGAAAUGGAAAAGAACGCUAUGCUUAUUGAGGAGCUGAAAAAGCCUUUAAAGAAAGAUAAAGGCCUCACAUCAAGCAUGCAGCAGCGUAAUCUGGAAGAGUUGAGUGCUAAUCUCCAGGCAGCUGAGAGAAGAGCUCUGGAGGCCGAGCGUGCCGCCCAACUGGCAGAGAUGGACGCCAGGGAUAAAGACAAAGAGCUCAAUGACACACAUAGCCGUAUUCGUCUCUAUGAGUCUGGGACGGAUGGCUUGGAAGCUGCUAUCACUGAGAUCAAAGAAUGUAAAAACCAGAUUAGAGUCCAAGACCAUGAGAUAGAGACCAUGAUCAAAGAGAUAAACCAGCUAGAGCUGAAAAUCAACAACUUAAUGGAUGAGAAUGAAGAUCUGAGGGAAAGACUUGGAUUAAAUCCAAAGGAAGAACUGGAUUUGACUGAAUUCCGGAGAUCAAAGGUUUUAAAACAGAGACAGUACAAAGCAGAGAAUCAGGUUCUCCUGAAAGAGAUUGAGCGUCUCGAGGAGGAAAGACUUGAGCUUAAACAACGCGUCCGUGCCCUGGUCAAGGACAAAGGCAUCUCAGUAGUCAGUUGUUCAUUGCUUGAUGCGGAUGCUGAUGAAAGACCCAGCAGAUCUUUAAGAGAGAGUCCCAAUUCUAGAUCUACUGAUGAGGAAAUCAAAAUCAAAAACGAGCGGCUACAGAAAGAGCUGAGCAACAAAGAGAAAGAACUGGAGCUCAAGAGAAUGGAAUCUGCACAGUUCAAAGCCAAAUUGAAUGAAAUGUUGAAUGAGAAUAAACAGCUGGAGCAGGGUAUGAAGGAGAUCCUGCAGGCCAUCCAGGACACUCAGAAGAAAAUGCCCUCAACAACAAGAGUCAACAUUCCAAGCCUGGAGAGACUCGUCAAUGCUUUGGAGAUGAAGUACUCGGAGGGGAAGUUUGAUGCAAACCUGCACCAUAGAACUCAGGUAGAUCAGCUGACCGGCCGUAACGACGAGUUACGACAGGAGAUGAAGGCAGCUAGAGAAGAAGCUGCAAACAUUCUCAAUCAGCUGACGAAAGCUAAUGAGAAGAUUGCUCACUUGGAAAGGGAAGUUGAAUCAAUGAGCAAAUCAUCUGGUAGUUCCAUCCCUCACAAGACAUUAUCCUUACCUGAAGAGAUGAUGCCAUCUAGUGCUGAGGUCAUCAAUGCUUUGAAUCAGUAUAUGGUACAACUCCUACAGGAGAUCAAAAACAAGGAUGACUCCAUCCAGCAGCUUGACUCGGCUUUGGAAGAGUAUAAAAGGAAAUUUGCCGUGAUCCGCCAUCAACAAGGACUAUUGUACAAGGAGUACCAAAGUGAAAGGGAGUCUUGGCAGAAAGAGAGAGACUCUUUUGCAGAGCUGAAAUCUAAACUGGAAGAACAAAGGGAGGUGGAUGCUGUUAAAAUCAAGGAGUACAAUCAGUGGAUAGAGGCUCUUGAAAAGGACCCGAGAGAGAUCAGACAGGAGCUGUCUGAAAUGGCACGAAAGAUGAUGGUUCUCAGGGUGAACGAGAAGUGUCUGACGAGACGUUAUACAACUCUGCUGGAGCUAGAGCAGCACUUGAGAAAGGAGAAUGACAAACUGAAGGAUGACUUAACCCAAAUGGAGUCUGCAGUCACAGAAAGGAUUGGCUACCUGCAGAGAUUCAAGGAAAUGGCAGCUUUCAAAAUGGCAGCCCUGCAGAAAUCCCUUGAUAAUAGUGUUCCUGCCUCAGAGCUGGAGAGAGCCAACAAACAAUACACUGAGCUCACUAUCAAGUAUCGAAACCUCCUGCAGAAAGACAAUCACCUCGUUCAGAAGACAACCACCCUGGAGCAUCUUGAGAAAGAGAAUGUCUCUUUAUAUGAGCGCAUUAGUUCCAACAAUAAAGAGCUUGAGAUCACCAAGGAAAAGCUUCACACUUUGGAGCAGGCCUGGGAAAACAUCAGCACAAGUGGUGGUGAGAACAGUAUGGACAAAGCAGCCAAAGCCCUGGCCAAUAGUGAGAUCAUAUCCGUGUCCAGACGCAUCACUACACUGGAGAUGAAGGAGCUGAAUGAACGACAGAGAGCCGAGCACGCUCAGAUGAUGUACGAGCACCUGAGGAACUCCCUCAAACUGGUGGAAGAGCGCAACUUUGAGCUGGAAACCAAGUUUGCUGAGCUCACAAAGAUAAACCUGGAGGCUCAGCGAAUGGAGUGUGAGCUCAGGGAUGAGCUGGCUGACAGCGUCAGUAAACACAUCAGCAACGCAGAUCGGAAGCGAAUCACCGAACUGGAGAAAACAGAGGCUGAACUGCGGAUCGAAGCAUCCAAAUUGCGAGAGGUAUCGGAUGUGGCGAAAAUGCAGGUGUGCACUCUGGAAGCCAGACAGCAAUCAAGAGAGAAAGAGGUAGAGAGCCUGAGGAGACAGGUCUUAGACUACCAGGCUCAGUCUGAUGAGAAAGCCCUCAUCGCCAAACUCCACCAGCACAUCGUUGCCAUCCAGCUGAGCGAGACCACUGCCAUCAGCCGACUAGAGGCUGCUACUGUGCGCCUGCAGAAACUUGAGGCGCAAAAGCUUCGGGCUGAACAGCAGCUUGAUGCCCAGCAGCAGGCGCUGUGGCACGCGAGACAGGAGGGUCACCAACGAGCCAGACAUCUACGCCACACCAUCCAGGCCCUCCGCAGACAGUUCUCCGGAGCCCUGCCACUGGCCCAACAAGAGAAGUUUUCCAGCACAAUGCUGCACCUGCAGGAGGACAGGGCAAGAGCCAGGGAGGAGGCACAGAAGGCAGAGGAGGAAAGGAGGAGAGCAGAGGGGAAAGCACAAGAACUGGAGCUCAAGCUGAAGGGGUUGGAAGAGCUUAUAGCAACACUGAAGGAUGCCAGAGGAGCUCAGAAAGUAAGUGAGUGGCAUAAGAAGCUAGAAGAUUUUCGUCUUGUGGAAAUGAGGCAGUGCAGAGAGCUCGGUGCCCAGAGAGAAGAGAUCAAGUACCUGAAGAACAUUGCGGCAGAACAGGAACGCACCAUCAGUGGCCUGGAAGAGGAGCUGGUGCAACAGAAUAAUUUACUUGAGGAGCAGCAGAUGAUCUGGGAUCAGAGGGAGGUGGAAUUGGAGCGCCAACUCGAUACCUAUGAGAAACAGCAGAAUAAAAUCCUAAACACAGCUCAGAAGUUUGAAGAAGCCACCGGCUCUCUUCCAGAUCCAAAUCAGCCCUUGGCCCACCAGUUAGACUACGCUCUUGGGAAAAUCAAGGAGCAUGUUCGUAUCAUCCUUGAGACAAAAGCCACUUACAAAGUUCUGGAAGAGAAGCUGAAGGAAAAAGAUGCAGCCUUGUGGACGGCAGAACAGAACAUCUUAUCCCGAGACAAAGUGAUCAAUGAACUGAGGCUCCGCCUACCAGCCGCUGCAGAGAGAGAGAAGCUCCUGGCUGACCUGAGCAACCAGGAGGACUCCGAGAGCCAGCCUGCCCUGAAGGUCGCCCACCAGACCAUCAACAACCUGCAGGGCCGCCUGGAUCAGAAAGAGGAAGUUCUCAAGAAGUACCGGAACCUGUUAGCAAAGGCCCGACAGGAGCAGGAGGAGAUGGCCAAAAGGCAUGAGGAGGAUGUCAGGACCCUGCAUCAGAAACUGGACAUUUACAUGGACACAUCACUGGACAGCUUCAAACAGACUGCACUGGAGCUAAUGAAGAAACCCACCAUCACUGUACCGACCUCUAAGCACCUGGUGCGGUUGGCAGAAAUGGAACAGAUGGUGGCUGAGCAAGACAAUUCCCUCUCCUCUCUGACACACAAGCUAAAGAUCGUCAAUGCAGAACUGGACCAACAGAGACAGUUGACAGCUGCACAUGCCAUGGAACAUGCAGCAGAAACAGCCAGACUGGAGGAAAGACAUGCUGUCCAAAUGAAACGCCUGUCACAGGAGGCUGAAGAGCUGAGAGCACAGCUCACGCAGAUGGAAAAAGAACUCCAUUAUCUCCACACUGAGCUUGAGGCCCAGAAAGAGGCAAACGUCAGGUCACCAUCCAACACCAUGAAGAACCUUGUGGAGCAUCUAAAGACUCAGCUGACCAUCAAAGAGAAACAGCUAAAGGCUCUCAGUAAAGCUCUCUUGGAACUGCGCGCAGAGUUGACAUCUCAAGCAGAACAGCAGAUCAUUGCCAGUGCUGCUCAGAAGGAAGAGGCCCUCAAUGUUCAGCAGAUUGUCGACAAGCAAACCAAAGAGCUGAGGGCAUGUGUGAGGGACCUCAAUGAAGAGCUUCAGGGAGCUAAGGAGGGUGUACGAGCAGCAAAAGCCAGAGAAAACUCCCUGAGAGAAGAACUGGAGAGCUUGAACAAAGAUCUUCAGAGGAGCCAGAAGACUCAGAACAAACUGCAGGGUGAAAAAGAGGCCCUGGAGGACCAGCUGAUUGAGCUCAAAAAGAAGGUUGAGAGGCUCAGCAAUGGCCUACAGGCUCAGGUUGAGAGUGAUGGUCCCACUGUAGAAGCUCUGCAGAAAAAGAUCCGUAAGUUAGAGCAGGAAAUGGACAGGAAGAGUGUCUCAGAGCCCACAGACAAAAGGACUGUACUGAAGGAAGACAAGUCCUCUAAAGAAGAAAUUGUGAGGUGGGAGGAGGGUAAAAAGUGGCAAGCCAGGAUGGAGAAGGUGCGUAAUGUUCUCAAGGAGAAGGAAAAGGAAACGGAUUGUCUGUCCAAACAAUUAGCAACCGUCAAAGAACUUUAUGGCAGAUUGGAGCAGGAGAAAGUGAGCCUGCAGAAGAAACUCAAGACUAGAGGAGUGACGGCAGACCAGGUUGUUGGUGCACGGACCCUCGAGGUGGACAGGGAGGUUGAGGAACUGAAAACAAGAAAUGCUGAAUUGGAGCAGAAAAUCAAAUUCAUAAAGCAGCAGCAGGCUUUACCGCGUGAUGCUGCAAUGGAGGACAUCACCAUCCGGAACCGUUAUCUUGAGGAGAAACUUCACUCCUUGGAGAACCAACUGUCCAAGGAGCCCCCAUCCAGACCUUCUACAUCUGGCAGAGGUUCUGGUACCCCAUCACAAAGAGAACAUGAGCUCCAAAAAGAGAAUCUCAAGUUGUCCACAGAAAACCUGGAGAUUCGCUUUCAACUGGAACAAGCAAACAAGGACUUACCGCGACUAAAAGAUCAGGUGUCUGACCUCAAAGAGAUGUGUAAUGUUCUGAAGAAAGAGAAAGCUGAAGUGGAGAAGACGCUCAGUCAUGUCCGAGGGUCUGGGCGAAGUGGGAAAUCCAUACCUGAGCUGGAGAAGACCAUUGGGCUGAUGAAGAAGGUAGUUGAGAAAGUUCAGAGAGAGAACGAGAGCUUAAAAAAGACAUCAGAGGGCAACGUUCAAGAGCAGCUAACCACAUUGGAACGGGACCAUGGGAAACUUAAGUCAGAAUAUGAAAAGAUGAAAGGAAAAUUAGAGGAACAGCUAAACGCAAGACUUGAGUCAAAAACUAAAGGCAUUGAGAAAAUCAUGAUGGAAAACGAACGCUUGCGUAAAGAUAUUAAGAAGGAAGCAGAGGCUGCAGAAAAGCUGAGGGUUGCAAAGGCCAGUCUUGAAUUAACUAAUGAGAAGCUGCGGGCAGAGUUUGAGGAGACCAACCAGAGACUUUUAUUAGCCCUGUCUAAGGGGCCAUCUUUAGAGGGUGCAGACAGCAAGACCUGGAAAUCUUCUGUUGUGACUAGAUUAUUUGAAAACAAGAUGAAAGUACUUGAAAGUGAAAUCUCCAAGAAAAACUCCAGCAUAUCAGAGCUGAAAGAGCAACUAAAUGAGGCAAAUGAGAAGCAGCACAAUGCACAUCUCAAUGUCAGCCAGUUAAAGAAGCAAGUGGAGCUCCUAAAAAACAUCCCAAUAGAAGCAACAACUGAUGAAGGCCUUGCUAAAGAGUAUCAGUCAGUAAGAUUGGCCAAUAAACAACUUGAGAGGGAGAAAGCACAACUUCUUCACCAGAUCCAAAGAUACGAUGAGCUGUUUGGCACCAGCAAAGCAGGGCCAGGAUACAGUGAGCUACAGGAACAAAUUAAGACAGCAAAUAAUGAAAGGAAGAAAUUACAGGAUGAAGUGAGAAAGCUGACCCGAGAGCUGGAAAACUUUGACCCAACAUUUUUCGAGGAGCUUGAAGAUCUGAAGUUCAAUUACAAUCUGGAGGUGAAGAAAAACAUUGUCCUUGAGGAACAGUUGAAGAAACUGUCGGAUCAGUUUGGAGUGGUGGUUGAAAUUCCAGUAGACGUAUCUAUCAGCUAACAGACAUCAAUUAAUUUAAAGUAAAGGACAAGAUGACUUAAGUUGUAAAUAUUAUUGUUACUACUCAAUUAGAACCAAAUAUGUACACUGAUAAUGUGGGAACUUGCAUAGCUUUAUAUAAGUUAGUGUUUUUUUUUGUUUUUUGUUUUUUUAAAUGGUUGCUUAGUUAUUUUUUGUACAAUAUAUUUAUUUAUACAUUUUCGUAUAAAGUUAAGUCUUAGAAUAUUUUAGUUUUAUGGCCUUUCUAGCAAUUUAUUCACAUUAACUGCAGAGUUUGCGUUGUCACAUUUUUUUAAACAUAAAGCAUCGUCAAAGCAUUGCUUUUAACUUCAUGGCUGUGUUACUAUUUACUUUGGGAUUUUUGGUUUUCCAUUGUAUUUAUUUACAUAUUGUUUAACAGUUUUCUGGAACAUAC